AUGAAGCCGCAAACCAGACUUAGGAUCUCAAAUGAGCUUCGGUUCGGGUUGACCGCGACGUAUCGCUUGGUGCUGCGGCCGCUGGUGGUGGCGACGUCUAUGCUGCCGAGCGCCGAACUCGUCCUGCAGCAGCUGCUCGCGCUGGGCGCUGUCUUCAGCAAAGACUGGACCGAGAACUGCACGCAUCUUGUCAUGGCCUCCAUCAAACUUUCUGCCAAGGUAGCGUGUGCGCUGGCCAGCGGUGGCCUGAUCGUGACACCAGAGUACCUGACGGCGCUUGUACGAGCCGCCACAGACAGCCAACCUGUACUGCCUCCUGCACAGGCAUACCUUCCUGCCAUUACUGAACCUUCAAUCAAACCUUCUCCUAACCUGUUCGCUGCUGAUGGUCGAAGAAAGACUUUGUUUGCAGGCAAGACUUUCUUCUGUGGGUCCAAGCGAGCUCAUCGUCGGCUCAGUGAAAUCAUACGACUGGCAGGCGGUCGCUGCUCCAUCCUGCAGCGUCAAGACAUUGACUCGGUGAGCGCGGGGUCAGCGCUGCUACUUAAGACCGCUGAUGAGGACGGCGGCCCCACCAUUGCCUUCACUGCUGCUCUUGGUGCUGUGAAGAAAGCUGGUCUUCACGUCAUCCCAGAGUCUGACAUUGUGUUGGCUGUGCUUUAUUGUUCCACUGAACGCUUCUGCAACCCCGCUGUGUCUCAGCAGAUCCUGCUCGAGCGAUCUGCUCUGCAAUCACAAACUUCAACCACAAUCUACGCUCCCGAAACACAAGAUUUGGGAGGAAGUUCUUCGUCUGCAAGUUCAAAAAAGUCCCCUGGUGGCAGAACUGUAAUACCAGAGACUCCGAGCAGCAGCUGCAGUGGUAAAACUUCUACCAACUUGCUCAUUGGACAGAAUUCUGCAGCGGUCAGAGUAAACUCUGGCCUCAACUCUGACAACUGCACUGCCACUAUUUCCUAUGGCGUGAAAUGCACAGAGCCUAUAAAAUACGAUGUGAAGUCAGAUAAGGCGAAUCAUAAAGUUAGCAGGACUAAGGAAAUUUCAGCGUUGCAACCGACAGCAGCUCAAGUGAAAGAAGAAGUUGGCAAAUGUGACGAACUACCAACACCCAGUUUAGGUCUGGCUCAGUCUUCACAGAAGUCGAUCGUGGUCAACGGAGGUAGAUUCAAAAAGCGGUUCCGUAGCGCGGAGAACGGCGACAUUGAAUCAGCCUCUAAACGCCCAGCCAUAGCAAAGCCUGCUCCUCUCCCAACCCCGGAAGUCGACCUGACGUUGGCUGCAGAGGAAAAUGAGAUCGACGACAUUGCUGAUAUAUCAUCGUUCGCACCUCCUUGUGCUAGCACUCAAAUUUUCGACGAUGAAACUGCAGCAGGCGCCCCGCGUACAAAUAUUGCAGUCCAGAGCUCCGCAGCAGCACAGAGUAAUUCAAAAAUACUUAAUCAGGUUGGAGUACCAUCAACUGUGGGUGAUGGCAGACAGAAGAUUGAAAUGAUUAGGAGCAAUCGUGUCACAAGUGCUACCUGUGUCCCUCCCACACCUACGCCUCCCUCUCAAGCUAAUCAUUCUUUGGUAUGUGGUGCUGACGCUGGCAACAACUUAGUUCCCGAGACUGCGUCUCUUUCAGACCCAACAAAAUCGUCUUCAUUUGCUGCUCUUCCCAGUCUUGAAACGCUGCGUGGUUCCUAUCCAGAAACGCAGUUUUGCCCAGAAUUACAGAUUGCACCUCUGCCAUCAUUGGAGCCGCCCAGCCUCGACUGCAUCAGGGCUCCAGUUUCUGCCCAGCUCCGGGAUCCUUUUGCGUCCCUUGAUACGAACAGUUGUCUGCGUGCCGUCGGGGAAAAUACGGUCAAGAACACAAACGUCUUCCAGCUGCCGACCUCUAUUGUGCCACGACGAAUUGUGAAACAGGCUCCAUCAGGAAAGUCAACAAAUGUUUCCUUGCCGAUGGCGGGUGGAAUUAAGCGUUUACGAUCCACAGUUGAGGAAGAGCAAUGCAAGGACCCAGAAAAUGACGUGCUCGAAAUCAAACCAGAGCCUCGCACGCAAACUCCUUCGCCUCAUCUGCAGUCGACUUCACACCUCACCCCAACUCUGGUCUCCCGUGAAGGAUUCUUGGCGAGGAAGAGAUUUAAACACGAGAACAAGACACCGAGCGCACCCACUGAUGAAACCCUUGAGCCUUCCAUCCCCGUUGCUGCGGCUAACCUCGAGCCAUCAGCACCUCCCGCUGUAAAGGAGGAUGUAAAGCCUUGUGCUGAGAAGCUGGACAAUAGUUUCAAACCAUGUCAAACAUUGAUGGUCAGUCUAGUUAUGAGAACGUCAAUUCUUGGUGAAGAACAUCGACCUUCUCUUCCGAACGAGUCCAAUGUCUCAAAAAAUUUCAAGCGCUUUCGAAAGGUUCGUCACGGAUCUCAAGCAGGAAGCGUAGUAUCCUUGCCUCGCAUCAUCGGAGGUAAAGACCUCUUGCCUCACACUAGCCGCAUUUUCACCACUGAAGCGGACGACACGCAAGGCGCUCAAAAUCCGCGGUCGCUGUGGUUCAGCCAGCACCCAGAAGUGACAAGAAUAUUGGAUCAAGAAGACGAGGAGCGAGAAGAGGAUGCCAGAGAAGCUCGAAUGGACGUCGCUCACUCCGGAGCGAGAAGCUUCUUCAGUUCAGCAAGUAGCGUUGCUACGAAAAGUAGUUCAUUUAGAGAUUACUUUAACGUUGCAGGCAGCAGCGGUAGUGACAAUGUCGCCCGCAGUAUUGAUCGUAGCAGAUCCAAUGUUGGAUCAGCAUCAGAUUUCUCUCAAUUUCAAAUGCCUGCAACAACAGUUAAGCGACGUUUUCCACGGACGCGAAUCUGAGAAUUUCUGGCAAGAAACAGAAAGGAAAAUUUAAAAUUCUUCCUCAUUGACCAAUUUUUUAGGUUGAGAAUUCUUUUUCUUUUACAUGCAUCAAAGGUAAAAAGUUAGCGCUGCCUCACGUGACCGGAUUUCAUUUUAAUUUCAUAUAAGGAACCUAGUCGUUGGAUAGAAGCCGCUCAUCUUGUCUAGAGUCACGAGUUAUCAGUAUAAUUCAACUUUUACUCAAUUAUUCUGAGAAGAUGUAGGCGAGUGGAAUACAUUCAAUAUUUUUUUUAUUCUAACCUACGAUAGGAAUUGAAAAAAAAAACAUUUUGUACGAAAGCUCAACUGGGAAAAAACGGUAGAAUCUGAACUCAGAGUACAUUCCAACCUCUUUCAAAUAUUUGUGAUAAUAGCAACUAAGGAUUAUUUGAAUUAUGAUUCGUAACGUCAUAGCAACCAGAGCACACAAUUUAACAAAGUACCCUUAAAUAGCUAUAAUACCAUAGGUUGAAAUGUGCGUAAUAGAAAACCGAAAAUAGCUUCAUACAUCAUUCCAUCACGCAGAGAAAAAAUGUUGAAAAUUCCCGCGAACGUUUCAAAGUAAUCGUCAAUUACCCAUCAGUUCUUCGUAGUUUCUUUUUCAACAUUAAUGUACGAAUAAUAGGAUGAGAGUAUUGAGUUUUUGUUUUGUACGUGAUCAUUAUGAAAUUUGAUAUGUUGAAUGGAA